AUGUUACGCUCCUCGAUGGGCCUGGGCAAAGCCCGCGUCCCAGCUUUGCACCAAUCCAUUUCCCACCGCCUCUUGAGGCCAAGCUCGGUGAUCUCACAGCGAUUUGCGACACGACGAUUUGCAUCAACAGUGACGGAUGUUGAGAAUUUCCCAGCGGUUGGUGAGAAACUUCACGGCUUUACUGUUCGCGAGAAGAAGCAUGUCCCGGAACUGCACUUGACUGCAGUGCGACUCACGCAUGACAAGACCGACGCGGAUUACCUGCAUGUCGCUCGAGAUGACAAGAACAAUGUGUUUGGUAUUGGCUUCAAGACGAAUCCUCCAGAUGCCACUGGUGUGCCGCAUAUUCUGGAGCACACCACCCUCUGCGGAAGCGAAAAAUAUCCCAUUCGCGACCCUUUCUUCAAGAUGCUUCCCCGGUCACUCUCAAACUUCAUGAAUGCUUUCACCUCCGCAGACCACACCACAUACCCCUUCGCAACAACCAACCCACAAGACUUUCAGAAUCUCCUGUCUGUCUAUCUCGACGCAACUCUGCACCCUCUGCUGAAAGAAGCCGACUUCAAGCAAGAAGGCUGGCGACUGGGUCCUGAAGAUCCUCGUGCGCUAUUGUCGGCCGCUGGAGAGCUCGAGAAGAAGGCGACUCUGGAAGACAUUGUCUUCAAGGGGGUGGUAUACAAUGAAAUGAAGGGACAAAUCUCCGAUUCAAACUACCUUUACUAUAUUCGCUUCAAGGAAAACAUCAUUCCGGCUCUGAAUAACUCAGGAGGCGACCCUGAGUUCAUCACAGAUUUAACUCACCAGCAAUUGACUGAUUUCUCCAAGCGCAAUUAUCAUCCAAGCAACUCUAAAAUCCUGACAUAUGGGGAUAUGCCACUGGCUCGCCACCUGGAGCAAGUGGGUGCAGUCUUGGAUGGGUUCAGCAAAGGAACCACCGACACCGAUGUCAAACUACCUCUUGAUCUUAAAGAAGGGAUGCACAUUACCGUCCCUGGCCCCAUUGAUACCUUUUCCAGCGAGGACAAACAACACAAAACAUCCACAUCGUGGUAUAUGGGUGAUUCGACAGACACGGUGGAGACCUUCUCCGUGGGGAUCAUUUCCUCGCUGUUCCUCGAUGGCUACGGCUCGCCCAUGUAUCGUGCUCUGAUCGAAAGUGGACUGGGCUCAUCUUUCACUCCAAACACAGGCUUGGACUCGUCCGGCAAAGUGCCAAUCUUCUCUGUCGGUGUGACUGGUGUCAGUGAAUCGGAGGCAAAUACUGUCAAGGAUGUCAUUCAAAAGGCAUUCCGUGAGACAGUCCAAGCCGGAUUCAGCGAGGAAAAGGUCCGUGGCAUUCUCCAUCAGCUAGAACUCUCUCUGCGCCAUAAGACCGCCAAUUUCGGCAUUGGUAUUAUGGAGAAGACACUGUCUUCGUGGUUCAAUGGCGCCAAUCCGAUGAAGGAGUUAGCCUGGAACGACGUUAUCGAAGAGUUCAAGAGAAGAUACGAGAAGCCCGGCUACCUUGAGUCAUUGGUGGAGAAAUACCUUCUCAAUGACCGGUGUAUGACCUUUACAAUGGUCGGUACGCCAUCCUUUAACCAGGAACUGGACAACAAGGAAGCCGUGCGCAAAGAACAGAAACUUUCCAAGCUCAUUGAGAAACAUGGCUCAGUCGAGCAGGCCGUGGCCAGUCUGACGGACGCAGAGCUGGAGCUUUUGAAAAUACAAGAAGAUGCACACAACGCCGACUUAAGCUGUCUCCCCACUCUGCGAGUGAAGGAUAUUUCCCGCGAGAAGGAACGCAAGCCCGUGCGCGAAUCAAAGAUCGAGGACACAGAGGUCGUCUGGCGAGAGGCACCAACCAACGGAUUGACCUAUUUCCAGGCCGUGAAUGCUUUUGAAGACCUCCCUGACGACUUGCGCCUUUUGAUGCCACUCUUCAACGACUGUGUGAUGAGACUGGGUACCGCAAAUCGCUCAAUGGAACAGUGGGAGGACCUCAUUAAGUUGAAGACUGGUGGAAUCUCAACCUCUUCGUUCCUGGUCUCUUCUCCUACUCGAUUAGAUCAGGUCAAGGAAGGAUUGCAGUUCUCUGGAUUUGCCUUGGAUCAGAAGAUUCCCGACAUGCUCGACAUGCUCUCGACUUUGGUGAUGGAGACAGACUUCUCUAGUCCCGCUGCUCCCGCCAUGAUUCAAGAGCUACUACGCUUGACAACGAAUGGGGCGCUUGACUCUGUUGCGUCAACCGGCCAUCGGUUUGCAGUAAAUGCCGCUGCCGCGAACCUGUCCCGCAGCCUUUGGAUUCAAGAGCAACAAUCUGGCCUGGAACAACUACAGGCUACCGCAAACCUUCUGCGCGACGCAGAAAAGUCCCCGGAGCGUCUGCAUGAAUUAAUCGAAAAGCUUCGCUUGAUCCAAUCAUUCGCUAUUUCAAGGUCAUCUGGCCUCCGCGUGCGCCUGGUCUGCGAGAAAGAGAGUGCUGCUGGCAAUGAGUCCAUCCUACAGAAGUGGCUGUCAGGCCUACCUCGCGUGCCCUCCCCCCGCGCAGCCACAGUCCCAGCUUUCAAUUCUGUCGACAGGGCAUUCUACGACCUUCCUUACAAGGUCUACUAUUCCGGUCAAGCUACCCAGACCGUGCCAUUCACCGAUCCUGCCAGCGCGCCCCUUACUGUGCUGUCGCAAAUGCUCACUCACAAUUACCUGCAUCCCGAAAUUCGCGAGAAGGGUGGUGCUUACGGAGCUGGUGCUAGCAACGGUCCACUGAAGGGUAUCUUCACUUUCAUGAGUUACCGGGACCCUAACCCCAUGAACUCGCUCAAAGUGUUUUCCAAUAGCGGCCUCUUUGCCCGGGAUCGGGCUUGGUCCGAAAGAGAGAUCGAGGAAGCCAAGCUGGGCAUUUUCCAAGGUCUCGAUGCGCCCGUCAGCGUGGACGACGAAGGUGCGCGCUACUUCAUGAGUGGCGUCACACAUGAGAUGGAUCAGCGCUGGAGAGAACAAGUCCUGGAUGUCACCGCAAAAGAUGUCAACGAGGUGGCCGACCGAUUCCUGGUCAAUGGCACCCGGAAGACCACCUGUGUUCUGGGCGAGAAGAAAGAUUGGGCAGGAGCUGACUGGGAAGUUCGAAAGCUGUCCAUGGGCCAGCAAAGUGAUACCCCUCCAGCAUGA